GAGAAUCAGAGAUCUGGAGCAACCCGUAAUGGUCCCAGAGGACACACUUGGCAGACGUAUAGUCUGUGAUGGAGAGCGUGGCACUGUGCGAUAUGUUGGAACAGUUCCUCCAACUGCGGGUUUGUGGCUCGGCAUAGAAUGGGACAAUCCAGAGCGAGGCAAACAUGAUGGAACCCAUGAAGGGGUCUGCUAUUUCACAUGCAGACAUCCCACUGGAGGUUCCUUUGUAAGGCCCAAGAAAGUCAGCUUUGGAGUAGACUACGUUACCGCUCUGAGACAGCGCUAUGAAACAGAGCUUGAUCAAAUUAUUGGAGAGGAGGUGAAAAUCUCCACCAAAACCGUGGAACUGGUGGGGUUUGAAGCCGUAUCACAAAAACAGAGGGUGGAGAACCUUACAGAAGUGGCUCUAAGGAGAUGUGAUGUUUCUGGCCCUGGCCCUGAAAAAGAAAUCAGAAAGACCACGCCUUAUGUGGUUUCUCUAGAUCUUUCUAGUAAUCUCUUGAACUCCUGGGAAACAGUUGCAGCUAUUACAGAGCAGCUUGAGGCUCUGGAAGAGCUUCAGCUGAGUUACAACAGACUGCAGCUGUCCUCUGAUCCCCUCAGUCUGAAACAUGCUUUCUGCAGACUCAGGGUCCUGUCACUCAAGAACUGCGACGUUACUUGGCCUCAGCUGCUAGAGUGUGCCCCCAUUUGGCCACAGCUGGAAGAACUCUAUGUAUCCAGUAACAACAUCACUGAAUUAAAGCAACCAAUAGGUGUUUUACAGAAUUUGACAGUUCUGGAUCUGUCAAACAACUCUUUGGUACAAGAGAGUGUUUCACAAAUCUCAAACCUACCCAGGUUGGAGAAGCUUAAUCUGUCCAGCUCAGGACUAUCUGUCAUUUGCUUCAAUGACGUGUCAUCAGGUAACAAAACAGCCAUGUUCUCUUCACUGAAGAAUCUCAUGCUUGAUGACAAUAAAAUUGCUGAGUGGUGGGUAGUAAACGAGAUGGAGAAACUGAGGGCUCUUGUGCAGCUCUCAUGUCGGAGAAAUCCACUGAUCGACAGGGAGAGAAACCAUGAGACAGCCCGCCAACUCCUCAUAGCACGACUUAGCCAGCUAGAAGUCCUCGACAUGCGAGAGGUUCUGGCAGAGGAGAGACGAGGGGCGGAGCUAGACUACAUUAGAAUGUUUGGGACAGAGUGGCUGCAGGCAGGAGGGAAUGCUGACCCAGCAAAGAACCAUUCCAGUGAUGAGUUCACCUCUCAACAUCCUCGCUACCAGUCCCUUAUCAAAAAGUAUGGUGCCCCUGAGGAAGGAGAGCUUCAAAAACAGAAACCGUUUGCGCUGAAGAAUCAGUUAUUAACUAUCAAGUUUGUUUGUCCAGAGGAAACAGACAGGAAACCAAUAGAGAAAAAGCUCCCAGGCUCUAUGAUUGUUCAGAAAGUGAAAGGCCUGUUGUUCAGAUUGCUGAAGAUCCCAGGAGCAGACCUGCGACUCACCUACUCCAGCUCAAAGAUGGAAGGCAAAGAGAUCGAUAUCGAUAAUGACCUGAAGCCGUUACAGUUCUAUUCCAUCGAGAAUGGAGACACGAUUCUGGUCCGCUGGUCCUGAAGAAACUCUAAUGCCAUUAUUUUAUUUCCUCAGGAUGCAUGCACUUUACAAACAUCAAAACGCUGAUUAUUAAGUACAGCUCUGUGAGAAUGACAAAGCUCCACACUUCACACAUAGCAGCAAGUUUUGUA